GGCCGCCGCUCUCUCCCGCCCACUCCCGCCGGCCUCUCGCUCCCCUCAGGCGAGCUGAGGAGGAGACCGAGGGCAUAAAGCGGGGCGGGAAGCAGCGGCGCCGCCGAGAGAGGAGAAGCGGCCAUGGGCGCCUGGGUUGCUGCGGUGCUGGUGUCGGGCGCGCUGCUGUGUGCUGUCGGGGGCGCCUUCGGGGCAGCUGGCUUCAUAAAGUCGCCGCUGUCUCAAAAGAAGCUGACGGAGGACAGUGUGGAGCUGCACUGCGAGGCUGUCGGUAGCCCCAUCCCCGAGAUCCAGUGGUGGUUCGAGGGGGCCGAGCCCAACGAGACAGCCGUCCAGCUGUGGGACGGGGCCUGGCAGGACCGGGUCAAAAUCAACGCCACCUACAAGCAGCACUCCACCAGCGCCAUCUACGUCACCAACCUCACGCUCAACGACUCGGGCACCUACGAGUGCCGGGCCAGCAACGACCCCGACCGCAACCACUUGUCGAAGAGCCCCAAAGUCAAGUGGAUCCGUUCCCAGGCGAACGUGAUUGUCAUUGAGCGGGCCAAAAUCUCAGCCACUCCCGAGGUGACUGCCGGCUCGAACGUGAUCAUUUCCUGCAACAUCACCGAACCGCCAACCGCCGUCAAAGGCCACUACUGGGAGAAGGGGGGAACGAGGCUUGAUACGAAUGAGACUUCACCAGAAUUUACCUCAUACCUAAUCCCAAAAGUGGACCACGACACCUCAGGGGAGUACCACUGCAUCUUCGAAACUGUUCCCCUUUCCAAAGCAACUGUGUACGUGAAAGUGAAGCCACACGUGUAUGCCUACAAGAAGACAGAGCAUGGGAACGAGGGAGACACAGGCAUGCUGGUCUGCAAGAGCUCCUCGUACCCUCCUGUUACCCAGUGGAGUUGGUUCAGGGUGGUCGGAGAUGUUUCCCAGCCUGUCGUCAACGGCUCUGAGGACCGGUUCUUCAUCAAGUCUGAUGGUAACAAGACAGAGCUGCGCAUCCUCUCCCUGCACCUCGAGAAGGACCCGGGCGACUACAUGUGCAACGGCACCAACGAGAAGGGCGAUGGGAAUGCUGUGAUUAGCUUGCGGGUGCGCAGCCGCCUGGCAGCUCUGUGGCCCUUCCUUGGGAUCGUGGCCGAAGUGCUGGUCCUCGUCACUAUCAUCUUCAUCUACGAGAAGAGGAGGCUGCCCAACCAGGUCCCUGACGAUGACGAUGGAGGGUCUGCACCACUGAAGAGCAAUGCCACAAAUUAUAAGGACAAGAAUGUGCGCCAGAGGAACGCAAAUUAAGCAGAUGGCAAGGUGACAUGUCAGCUGAGGUGUUCCUUCCAAUCUCGUCCCAUGCCAUAGCACCAAGAAUAUCAUAGCGCCCCCUCGCAAAGAUCAAUUCACUACACGUUUUAAGAGAAACAAAAUCGUAGAGUAAAAUCUUCCUCUUCUUUUCUUUCUUUUUUUAACGAAAAAACCCCAUUCUUUUUUUUUUUUUUUACCUAUACAUUAGCACAUCCCUUUUUAAUUUUUAUUCCUUCAAUGUAGUUCUCAAAAUUUGAGCCUCGGGCGUUGCGGGGGUCAAGACAGGAGGCGUUUUUUGGGAAGGGAAGUUUGAAGGGUGAGCAUAGAUCUGUCCGCUUUCCCCGCAGCCCCAAGUUGGAGACUUUUUCCCCUGGCAGCAAAUCACACAGCAAGCCGAUCAAAGCCACGCUUCACGAUACAGUAGAGCAGGGCAUCUCUCUCCCUCUCCCCCUUCCUGAAAUGACCCUCAGCUUUGGGGAGGACACCAGACGACCAGCUGCUGGUUUGGCCGGAGAAUGCAAAAAGGCAAAAGGUUUCGCCUCCUUUUCCACCUCGGCGGCUUCUGUUAGGUCAGAAAAUAGCCAGCUUGAGCCCCCACUGCCUUUUCUAAGACCCAUAGGGAAGCCUCGCAAGAAACGUGCAACUGCUGAAACCACGCGUGGUCUCCUAUAGCUUCCCUACCCUCUGCCCCACACGGCCACCAGCAAUGGGUACCACUGCCACAACGAUCCUCCCUUUUUCCAGCACCGUGGCUUCUCUAAACACCACAUCCUUUUUUCUUUUGGCCCCCUUUUUUGGGCCCUUGUAGCUUUCUCUGCAGUGACCCGUUUCAACACUACAAAAAAAAAACAAAACAGAAACAAA